GCGCGCUCCCGGGGCGGGCGCGAACUGGCACCAUGGCGGCGGCGCUGGGCAGUCGGGGCGCGCGGCGGCUGCUGCUGCUCCUUUCGGCGCUGAAGCCCGGGCUCCACGUCCCCCGGGCCGGGCCCUCGGCCGCGUUCAGCUCCUCUGUGACCUCUGCCAGAGUGGCCGUGAACGGCAUCCACCUGCAUUACCUGCGGACGGGAGAGGGAGAGCACGCGGUCCUGCUGCUGCCGGGGAUGUUGGGCAGUGGAGAGACGGAUUUCGGCCCUCAAAUCGAGACCCUCAGCAAGAAGCUCUUCACGGUGGUCGCCUGGGAUCCCCGAGGCUACGGACAUUCCAGACCCCCGGAUCGAGAUUUCCCCGUGGGGUUUUUUGAAAGGGAUGCAGAAGAUGCCAUUGGCCUGAUGAAGACGCUCAAGUUUAAGAAGGUCUCUCUGCUGGGGUGGAGUGACGGGGGGAUAACUGCCCUCACUGCGGCGGCCAGAUACCCGUCCUACGUCAGCAAGAUGGUGAUCUGGGGUGCCAACGCCUACGUGACCGACCAGGACGAGAGGAUCUAUCAGGAAGUGACGCUCUCGCGACUCGGGAGAAGGCUCAGGUGGCAGCUCCGCCCUUGCUCAGCCUCCAGCCAGAUGCCCAGAUUGAGACCCCUGGGUGUCAGGGUGAGGAGGAACCACCAGGAUCUGGGGUCUCUGCGGCACAACGGGAAGCAGACCUGGGCUACUCCACCUGCUGCCCUGGCCCAGCAGGGCCCUCCUCUUCAGGCCGCUGCCUCUCUGUCCUGAGUGUCUCCCCUGGACCCCCGACGGCCCACCCAGGAGGUCAGGACCAGGCAGGGCAGAAGUCUCUCUGUUACCUACACGGCGUCUUUGUGCCUCUUGGCCCACAGAGCCUAAAAUACUCACUCCCUGGCCCUUACAGAAGGUUACAGACGCCUUCACUGGACUAGCGCCGGCCUGUCCUGCAGCGCGUGUGACGUAAACGGGCCGCUUGGCGCGUUGUGGAAUCCUGGUUCUGUACCCUCUGUCUGGUAAAGGCUGUGAAACUCUUCCACGGAGUCGGGUCCAGGUGCCAGCCAGUCCUCCCGGUCGGAGGGCCCGCCUGUCCUCACACGGUCCCUGCCUGGCUCAGCACCGACCCGGCUUGUGCCAAGGAGGCCCCUGGCCUGGAGGCUGGCGCAGCCCCCCCCCCCCCCACUGCGGCUGGGACAGCACGCCUCUGGCUCGCUCCUGCUCCUGUGGCACUGACGCCCUUCGUGGAGCCUCCCCUCCGCCGGAAGGGUGGGCAGGGCUCCUCCUCCGAGAGGCCCCCCACCUGCAGUGCCCCUCGCUUUGUCUAACCCUCAGACUCACGGCACUCUGCUUCUGCCUGUUUCCUCUGCUUCCUUCAGGCCGUUCUGGCCGCCUCCUGAAACCGCCCACUGAGACCAGGAUAAUCUCCUCGUCAAGACCAGUGGUUUCUUUUCGCUUAUUCCCUUAUUACCCGUUAGAAGUUUCAAGGUCUGUAGUAACAGCCCCUCUUCUUCCCCUGAAACUGGAAG